GAAUUUUCCCUAUCCCGUGAGCCUCUUGAUGAGUCGUGGAACAAGCAAGAACGUUCCCGGCUAGCAGAGGCCUCUUUUCUCUGUAUUUCGCUGGGCUACGCAAUUCUGAAAAUAUAGCUGCAAACAAUCACAAGUAGCUGCAGAGAAGACUAAAGAGAGCCUGACAGAGUGCAGCCAUGGAAUUACCGACAUUCGCAGUAGUAACUGUCCUACUUCUGCUGCCGACUAGGAUUCUUGCACAGAAGAAAAUAUCUGCGUGUGCAUGCGAGUUCCAUGGAGACAUUGUAAAUUUGGAAAGCCUAGCAUGGCAAGAUGGACUUAGACCGAGGUACAGUGUGAAUUCAUCAGGGUACACAUUUGCCUACAAUCCAUGUGUGCCAUACAAAACGACAGGAUGUUCCAAGGAUGUUGCUGCAAGCAAGACAUCCAUUUUGACAAAAGACUGUGUAACCCUCGGCGACCAGGCGUCAAUGGAGUGCACCAAUGUUGAUGGGUUUAAUGUGAUGAAAUACAUGCGGCCUGAUGACAAAUCAUUCACCGUGUCUGUGUACGUGACAUGCAACCACAAGCUGGUCAAACCUGACGAUGCACUUUUCAAGCUUCAAAGAGGCAGUGCCUCUCCUGAGUAUGUGCUGUCCCAUAUGUGCGGCUGUGCUAAUGCAUGCCUAGUCACUACCCCAGCCACGCCUACCGACCCUACCACACCUGACCCUACCGCACCUGACCCUACAGACAAAGAGCCAACAGACUACACAAACUACAUAAUUGGAGGUAGCACUGGUGCAGCAGCCCUUGUUGUUUUAGUAAUUGUGGUUGCAGCAAUAGUCUCAAGACGAAAUCCUGGACCAGAUGGACACCCACCCCUCCUCCAAGGGGAUAAUGGGGGUAAUGAUGCUCAGGAAGGUGAAGGUGUCGCCCCAGGCAGGGGUAAUGAUGAGGGGGGUGGAUAUGAGGAGAUCCCUGAAGUUGUUGAGGAUAACCGGAGGAAUCCUGUUGAAGCAGUGGAGCCACACCCAGAAUCUGGAAUUCCAGUUGUUGGGUUUCCAGUCCCUGACGUGCCUGAACAUCGCUUGUCCCCUCCUAUAGCGGUCUCUGAGCCCGACCCACAUGGACAGUGUGGUGUGUGAGCGUUGCUCUGUAGAUUUAGAGUUCUCUGCACAACGCAGAUUUAUACAUGAGGGGGGGGGGGGGGGGGGUGGGGGGGGGGGAUACAGGCCUUUCCCACAUCCGAUCACGCUAUCCCGCUUUAUGAGAGAGAUCAGCGUCUCGAUCUUGUUGGCUGUUUU